GGUUUGUCGAGCCAGACCGGGGGGCUUCAAAUGAUCGGACGGCAGCGUCUGGGAAUCAUUCGCAAAGAAGGAGCAGAGAUGGCUCGACUCGGUUUACUCGCGUGUCUGAUUACUGUGGCUUCAGCAGCGGUACUGGACCCCAGAGGAGCUCGUCCGGUGGAGCACGGCACCAGGGCCGAUAAAUGCGCCACCCAGAGGGAGUGGCCGUUCUGCACGGACGAUGAAUGGGGCUCCAAAUGCCCAUCGGGCUGCAGGAUCCAGGGUCUGAUGAGUAAAUACGACCACAUGCUGCUGAAGAAGAUUGAGAAGAUCCGCAGCCUCCUGGAUCAGUACAGGGCCAAGCACCGCUCAGCCGACCAGGUCUCCAAGCAGACGUACGACUACCUGAGGGAGAAACUUGUCGUGGAUUCUGGCAGCGACACCAACUACUAUGACUUGGCACAGACUCUGCGUCAGAGGAUCACGGACAUGAAGAUCAAGAUCGACAGGCAGAUGAGGACCCUGGCCGCCAUGAAGGAGCGGGUCAAGGAUCAGGUUACCGAGAUGCAGAGGCUGGAGGUGGAUAUUGAUAUUAAGCUCCGUUCCUGUAAAGGAUCCUGUGCUACCUACACAGAGUAUCAGGUGGAUCAGGAGAGCUACGUGGCCCUGGACAAACAGAUUAAGCAGCUGGACUCCCAGGCGGCCCAGAAUAUCGAGUCUGUGGGAACGUUGUACGUGAUGAAGAGCCGGCCGCUGCAGGGCGUGACUGUGGAUAGCAUCUACAAAUCCAAGGGUGUGGCAGCGCAGCAGAAGCAGGACCUGUUCCCUGAGGUUCAGACCAUGCAUUUGGUGUUGGAGGAGGAAGGCUCUAGCUCAUCCCCAGCGACCAUCUCCAAGGUCCCAGGUACUUCCUACUCUCCGUCUGUAUCCACGACAUCUACGGGCAGUAGCUCUACGUCCUCGUCGUCUAAAUCCAUCACCGAGGUUGGAGGACGCGGCGACGGAGGUUUGUUUGAUUUUGGUGGAUCGUUUGCAGCUCACAGCCAACCCAGCACGAGUCACGUGACAACCAAAAGUGUCACCUGCACCAAGAGCAUCAGGAGGACGGUGGUUCACACUAAGGACGGGCCAGUUGAAAAGACGGAGGAGGUGAUGGGCGGCGGACCCGAGUGCCAGGGGCUAACAGAUGCUAGCAGGGGUGGAAUGAGCUCCUUCUUCCCCAGCCUCACCCACUCAUCCUCCUCCUCCUCCUCCUCCUCCUCCUCUUCUUCCUCUUCUUCUCUGAGCGCCAUCCAUACUGGUGGCGCUAAGGGAAGCCUCCUGGGGGAUUCCAAAAGUGGCUUCGGGGAUCCAUUUGGCACUCACGUUGGUUUCGACCUCGGCGCGUUCCGGACACUAGACGGAGAGGACGACCUUCCUGAUUUCCACGCCCGGAGUGUAAAGAGCACACAUGUUGAGCGUCAGGCCGAUUAUGUAGGAGCAGAUUGUGUCCAAGCCUACCAGAACCACGAGAGAGGGGAAACGAACGGCCUGUUUAAGGUCAAACCCGGCGGCACAGACUCCUCGGGUGUAGUAGAGGUUUACUGCCAGCAGGAGGGCAUAAUGGGUGGGUGGAUGUUAGUCCAGCAGAGGGAGAGUGGCGAGCUCAGCUUCAACCGCACCUGGGCCGAAUACCGCAACGGCUUCGGUUCGGUUGAUGCGCAAGGCAAGGGCGAGUUUUGGCUAGGCAACCAGAACCUCCACCUGCUGACUAAUCAGACCGAGACAAUGCUGAAGGUGGAGCUGGAGGAUUGGGAAGGGGGUAUGGCUAGUGCUGAGUAUACCAUUAAGGUUGGUAGGGAGGAGGAGGGGUACCCCCUGCAUGUGUCCGGGUACACUGGAGACGCUGGGGACGCUUUGGUGAUGCCAGAGUCCGAUAAGGGAUCCCACUUGUCCCACGAUGGGAUGAAGUUCAGCACUUUUGACAAAGACAAUGAUAAUUGGGAGAAAAAUUGCGCGGAAAAGUAUGGGGGUGGGUGGUGGUACAACAGGCGCCCGUCAGCAAACUUAAAUGGGAUUUAUUACAAAGGUACAUAUGACCCGAAAACAGAGAUUGAGAAUGGAAUUAUAUGGGUGACGUACAAACCAGCCAGCUACAGCCUGAAAACCGUUCGCAUGUUUAUCCGACCGGCUGCUUUUUAAAAUAGCCAAACAGGCCCAGAAACCAAACUCUUGUUGUUUGUGAAUCAUUCCCAAGAUUUCGAAACGAUGUCAAACUUGUUUUUUUUUGUUGUUGAUCAUUAUAUUUAUGUCAACAUUUUGUGUAAACACCAUUGACCUGUUUGUUAGUCUCACCAGUGUAAUGUUCAAGUCGCGACCUGAUGUUCUCUGUGUUACUCAACGUUGUAAAGAGCAAUGACUGGACUCUGCUCAGUCAAUAAAGAUCCAGUGUUCACUUCA